AUGGCAUCAUCUUCCAACCAUCCUUUUUCAUUUGAUGAUGAGUUUCAACAAGCAAUCGAUUAUGAGUUUGCAAACUCUAUGAGAGAGUGUUUAGAUGAUAUAAAUGAAGUUCUUGAGCCAGAGAAGAGAAGGGAGAAACGAGCGGUCAUAGAUCGAAGACGUGAAGAAGGGAACAUCCGCUUGAUCAAUGAUUAUUUCAGUGAGAAUGCUAUCUAUCCCGAGGCCAUUUUCCGACGUCGCUUCCGGAUGAACCGACCAUUGUUCAUGCGUAUAGUUAACAAGCUAUCCGACUUACCCUUCUUUCAGCACAUACCGGAUGGUACUGGAAAGCCCGGUUUGACCGGCUUACAAAAAUGCACUGCCGCCAUUCGUAUGCUCGCAUAUGGCAAUGCAGCUGAUGCAGCCGAUGAAUACCUCAGACUAGGAGCGAGCACUGCGCUGAAAUGCUUGCAUAAAUUUACCAACGCAAUCAUCGUUUUUACGAGGAGGACUAUCUCAGAAGGCCUACACCAGCAGAUCUUAAACGAUUACUCAAGGUCGGAGAGACGCGUGGAUUUCCUGGCUCAAUAG